GUCGCCGCCAGCAGACGCCGGUCGCCAUGGCGCCCAGCGCUCAGCUGACCUACCUGGACCGCGUCGUCAUGGAGAUCAUCGAGACGGAGAGGAUGUACGUCAGAGACCUGCGCAUGAUCGUAGAGGACUACCUGGCCCACAUCAUCGACCAGAGUGACGUCUCCAUCCGUCCCGAGCAGGUCUGCUCUCUGUUCGGAAACAUCGAGGACAUCUACGAGUUCAACAGCGAGCUGCUUCAGGACCUGGAUCACUGCCACAAUGACCCGGUCGCCGUCGCCCGCUGCUUCGUCCUCAAGAGCGAGUACUUUGAGAUCUACACGCAGUACUGCACCAACUACCCAAAUUCGGUGGCGGCGCUGACCGAGUGCAUGAGGAAUAAAUCUCUGGCCAAGUUUUUCCGGGAGCGUCAGGAGUCAUUGAAGCGUUCGCUGCCUCUGGGUUCAUACCUCCUGAAACCUGUUCAGAGGAUCCUCAAAUACCACCUGCUGCUCCAGGAGAUAGCGAAGCACUUUGACCACCAGCAGCAGGGCUAUGAUGUGGUGGAGGAGGCGAUCAUCACCAUGACGACCGUGGCGUGGUACAUCAACGACAUGAAGAGGAAACACGAGCACGCCGUCAGACUGCAGGAGGUGCAGUCUCUGCUGCUAAACUGGAAAGGCGCGGACCUCACCACGUUCGGAGAACUGGUUCUGGAGGGAAACUUCAAACUCCAUCGAGCCAAAAACGAGCGAACGCUCUUCCUGUUCCAGCGCAUGCUGCUCAUCACCAAACGCCGCGGAGAGCACUACAUGUACAAGACGCACAUUUCUUGCUCCACUCUGAUGCUGAUUGAAAGCGCCAAAGACUCUCUGAGCUUCAGUGUGACUCACUACAAACAGCCCAAACAGCCGCACACCGUCCAGGCGAAGACGGUGGAGGAGAAGAAGCUUUGGGCUCAUCACAUCAAACGCAUUAUUCUGGAGAACCACCACGCCCUCAUCCCUCAGAAGGCUAAAGAGGCCAUCUUGGAAAUGGAUUCCAUAUAUCCUCCCGGGUAUCGCUACAGUCCUGAGCGGCUGAAGAAAGCUCAUUCCUCUCAGGCUGACGAGCUUCCACGAAAUGGUCGCCAUGGACGACGACAGUCCGAGCCGAUCAAAGAAACACUAAAGAGCACACAAGACGUCUUUAAGGAGGUAGACGAAGGAUCUUCUAACGGCUGCAAGAAAGAAAAUGGCCAACUGCCUGAAGAAGAAGAAGCUGCAACUGAAGCGCCCUGCGAAGAAAAUCUUCCUCCGGAGAAGACGUCAGAGUCCGAACCGACAGAAGAAAACCCAGAACCAGAACCGUCCUCUAAUCCGGACACUUGGUCUGCUACGCCCCUCAGGAUCUCUGCGUCUCCUCGGCGGUCGGACAGAUUGAAACCGGAUGGAGACCAGGAGCCGGCGUCCGCCGCCGCGACUGACUCCGAUUCCAAAACGCUGAGUAGCGGGGAAUCGUCCGAGGACGAGGCGUACCUGAAGGGGGCGCCGGAGAAGGCGGUCGGAUCGCCGAGCAUCCUUCCCUCCUCCGUCUUGGACAAAGCGAGCGUCAUUGCUCAGCACUUCGCCGGCAGCGUCAAACGCGGCAGCCUGGCGCAAGACGACGUUCGCUCCCCCAGCUGUGCGUCGCCGCGGUUACCCAGAAGCGGCGGCAUCAUCCCCAACCUCGGCGCCGAACCUGUGGAAACUCAGCUUCUCAACAGCAACUCUCCUGACUCUGAUUCAGCUUUUGGCGCGACAGAUCUGACGAUGCUGUCUCCGCGGAGCGACAGCCUCUUUGAUGGCCUUCGCCGUAGGCGGGACUCCACGCUGUCCAGGCAGGACCAGCUGCUCAUCGGCAAAAUCAAGUCGUACUACGAGAACGCCGAGAGCGAGGACGCCACCUUCAGCAUGCAGCGCAGAGAGAGCCUGACGUACAUCCCGACCGGGCUCGUAAGAAGCUCCGUCAGCCGGCUCAACAGCAUCCCAAAUGAUGAAACCUUCCGGACGAAUCCCGCCAACUCGGCGCCAUGCUUCAGUCUCGAGUCAAACUCCGCUUUGCCCGCAGAUACCCAGAGUCACAUGGUCUCUAGUGACUCGUUGGACUCUUUCAAGUCUGAUCAGAGAAGCACCGAUCCAGAAGAAUCAGAAGGAAUCCCUUUGUCGAGAUCGCAAAGCUUGCAGGACAAUCCGUCAGAGGACGAAGAGUUCAGACCUUCGUCUGAAAUGAUCAAGGUCUGGCAGACGAUGGAGCAAGAGAUCACAGGAAGCACACGCUCUCGGGAAGCUCCGCGAGUCCCCAGAGCGGCGUCCGAUGUCGCGACAAAGGCGGCGAACGAGAGCCGAGAGGGUGGAGCGUCCGACCUCAGCACCAUCACCGAGGAAUCCUCCAGUCCGGCGCCUCUGAAGCUCAAAGCCUCUGGUGCGUUUCGGACAAGAAGUCGUAGACAGGACGGAGUAAACGUGUUAAGGGAAGACCUCAGGGCGCCAAUUCCUCGGGUCUCCCAGCUGAAUCAGAACUACGAGGCGCAGGCAGGAAGGCGGAGCGAGGAUUCCAACCAGCAGGUUGAGGUAGACAAGACGAAGAGCAAAGUCCUCCAUCUGGCUCGCCAGUACAGCCAGCGACUCAAAACAUGCGAACCGGCGGCCGGACAGAGAAGUGCUCGCCUCCUGAUGAACCAGAAGAUUUUACCCUGCGUGCUGGAGGAGAAGGAGAGUACAGGCAAACCCAGCCUGACUCCGCCACUAGUUUCUGAUAACCAGGCUCCCUCUCUGCCGCUGACCCCUGUAGACCAGAUCCAAUCUGUGGUACCGGGCCUUGCCGUCCCCGCCCCAGACCGGCCUCUCUCUCGCAGCCCCGUCAGCCCCAUCAGUCCUCUUCCUCCCAUCGAGGGCUUCAACUGGCCGGACGUCCGCGAACUCCGCUCCAAAUACUCGGACCACGGUCGCUCCCAGAAGAGUUCUGUCGGCCGGAGUCACUCCAUCCCAGAGCAGAUGUUUGACGUGGGUCUGCGGAGGCACUCCAGCUGUUCCACCGGCCUCCUCGCUGAUGCAGCGCCCGGCGAGGUUUCUUCUUCUUCUUCUUCGUGCAAGCUUCGUGGCAGCCGUGGCAGCCAUGGCAGAGAGGAACGCAGAAAGCGUCUCCACCGAGCCAAUUCUCUGGAAACUCGGCUCCAGGAUCAGGUGGCUACCGCCACUACGACGGUUACUACGUCGCAGCCGAGGCAACGCUACCGGACGACCCCGAACACAAGAUCAUCGUCAUGGAGAAGCUUCCAGAGCCUGCUGAGUCCAAGCCUGCGGAAACAGCCGUAGAAGAAGAAGAAGACGACGACAAUUACAUUCAGAUCCGUUCACCGACCAGCAGGGAGAAGAUCUCCA